AUGGCGAACCAGACCAUUUCUAAAGAAUUCUACCUUUAUGCAUUUUUUAGUAACGGAGAGAAUCAACCCCCUCUUUCCAUUGUUUUUCUCUUCAUAUAUUUAGUUGGAGUUACAGAAAAUCUAUUUAUAUUAACUGUUAUAUACAAUGAUGUGCAAUUACACACCCCUAUGUACUUCUUUCUCUGCAACCUGGCCUUCGUAGACAUCAGUUUACCUACUACCAUUCUUCCCAAACUGAUUGACAUUUUGUUUUCAGGGAAUAAUCUAAUAACCUUCAUUCAAUGUUUUACUCAAAUGUACUUUUUUGUAGUUUUGGCUGGGAUAGAAGUAAUUGUAUUGUCUUCAAUGGCAUAUGAUCGUUAUGUUGCUAUCUGCAAGCCUUUAAGUUAUCACCUCAUUAUGAACAGGAGAGUUUGUGUGCUGCUAAUUAUAUGGACCUGGAUUUCAGGGUUUGUGAAUUCAUCAUUAUUUACUAAUCUUGCUUCUAAAAUGCCAUUUUGUCAGACCAAUAAGAUUAAUCAUGUAUUCUGUGAUGUCAAAGCUCUGGCAGAAAUCUCCUGUGAUGUGACCAAGAUUUCUAUUUUCAUCUAUGUGGAAAAUGUUUUAUUUGCACUCAUUCCAUUUUCCCUAAACCUAAUUUCAUAUAUAAACAUAAUACACAGCAUUCUGCAAAUCAAGUCCCAACAUGGCAGAAAAAAGACUUUCUCCACUUGUUCAUCCCACCUCACUGUGCUGAUGCUUUUCUAUGGGGCUAUAGUUUGGAUGUAUAUGAGCCCACCAUCAAAAUCAAAUAUUCUUGAGCCAGUGUUGUCUAUGCUAUAUACUGUAGUGACUCCCAUGUUAAAUCCAUUAAUAUACAGUCUCAGGAAUAAAGAAGUAAAAACGGCUGUUAAAAGAAUUAUGAAGAGAAUAAUUAGUUAG